UCCGUCGACGAGUCGCUGGAGUUGGAAUCACUCGAACUGCGCGGAGCUUGCUGUGGAAGAUGGGUCAGGAGUUGAGCUGCGGCCAGCCGAGCAUCAAACCAAAUUUCUUCGCCGCCGUUCAGUUCGGCGAGCUCCAAUUAGUGGAACGUAUCCUCCGUAUAGACCCCGGAAUCAUCAAUAAAACUACCGCUUACGGCCGCCUCUCCUCCCUCCACAUCGCCGCUGCAAAUGGGCACGACGAGAUGCUUUCAAUGCUUUUGGAGCGAUGGAAUCACCCCGACGUUCUCAACCGGCACAAACAGACUCCUCUUAUGCUGGCCGCUAUGCGUGGGAAGAUUGCUUGCGUGGAGAAACUCCUUCAGGCGGGAGCAAACAUCUUGAUGUUUGAUUCGGUGAAUGGAAGAACAUGCUUACACUAUGCAGCCUACUAUGGUCAUUCUGAUUGUUUAGAAUCAGUUCUUGAGGCUGCCCACUCCAACCCGAUUUCGGAAUCCUGGGGAUUUGCCCGUUUUGUUAAUGUGAAGGAUGCCAAGGGGGCAACGCCAUUGCAUCUUGCUGCGAAGCAAGGUCGGUCAGCCUGCGUCAGAAUGCUAUUGGAUAAAGGAGCUCUUGUCUGUGCUUCUACCGUUGACUACGGUUCCCCUGGAAGCACCCCCCUUCAUUUGGCAGCUCGCAGAGGUUGCAUAGAUUCUGUUCGUGAAUUGCUUGCUUGGGGUGCUGAUCGCCUUCAAAUGGAUUCAGCAGGGAGAAUACCAUAUGUCAUUGCAUUGAAGAGAAAUCACAUGUGUGCUGCUUUGCUGAAUCCAUCUUCAGCAGAACCUUUAGUAUGGCCUUCUCCAUUGAAGUUCAUCAGCGAGCUCAAACCAGAUGUGAAGCUUCUCUUGGAGACAGCCCUCAUAGAAGCCAACAAGAAAAGAGAAGACAAGAUCUUAAAAGGAUUUGUUUAUUCAUUGCCAUCCCCUCAACAUAGUAUAGUUGAUGAUGACAAAUCCGAGGGAAGCGGCAUCGAGCUCUGCUGCAUCUGUUUUGAACAAGCCUGCACAAUUGAGGUUCAGGACUGCGGGCAUCAAAUGUGUGCUCAGUGCACCUUAGCCUUGUGUUGCCACAACAAGCCCAAUCCUGCAACUCUUUGUCCGCCUGCGCCGCUCUGUCCCUUCUGCAGAAGCAACAUAGCUCGGUUAGCCGCGGCCAAGUCUGAGAUAAACGAAGAUAUAAGUAAAGAUAUCUCUCCAAAGCUGAGGAGAUCAAGAUUCAUAAGUUUAAGUGAAGGGAGUAGCAGCUUCAAAGGCCUCUCCUCUGCCAUGGGCUCCUUUGGAAAGAUGAGCAGCCGCGGCUCCGGCCGGAUUGCCAAUAGCAGUGACAUGAUUGACAAACCUUGAUUCUGUAUUGAAAGAAAGAUUGUUCCUUUUUAGCAAAGGGGAGUUAUUUUGACGUUUGUAAGUAGGAAAGUUUUAUCCUUUUUAUUUGGAAAUGUAUUAUUCAUUCAUGAAACUUUGGCUAAAAUUGAGAACUGGGAUUUGGGCUCCAUAGUCUGAAUUUUUUUUU